AUGGAUUCAUUGUUGAAAUCAUUCUCUCAGCAAAGAAGCGAAGAUGACAUUCAAACCGUACGAAGUUCUGUGAAUGUCAACCAUGACAGACCUAAUGAAUACGCUCUUGAUAUGAAAAAUAGGAACUAUGAUAUGCAAUUCUACAAGAUGUAUCAAUAUCGACUUAACGUUUUAAGAAACCGUGUGGAGAGCUGUUGCCAGUCGAAGUGGAACAGCGAGUUCCGACUUCAAGGUAGAAAAGUCGUCAAAAAAAGCAAGGUAUUAGAUAUACAAGCUGGGGAACCAUGCUGGUGUAUUGGCACUGUGUAUUGUGAAAUGCAAUACAAGCCGAACAUUCUGCAGGAAAUCGUCGAUGACACAUAUGGCGCACCAGACUUAAUCAAGAGCUAUACAGAUCCUGAGGGUACUGACGAGAUCAUGUUAGAUGACGAAAGUGGUCGAGUUAUCUUGGUUGGUGAGCUGGUAAGAAAAACACCUUUUGUGAGCGGUACAGUUGUGGGCAUCUUAGGUAUGGAAGCAGAUGCAGGAACUUUCCAAGUUUUGGAUAUAUGUUAUCCUCAGGCUCUACCGCAAAAGUCACUUCCACCGUUACCAGGAAAGAAAAUUGCAUUGAUAUCUGGUAUCAACGCUACACCAAGAAGUCCAAUUUUAUCUUUAAGGAUGCAAUUACUUCAGGAUGCUUUGACCGGUGAAUUAAGUACGAACAGCGGUCUAAAUGAAGUAUCCAGAUGUAUCAUUCUUGGAAACUCGUUAAACCCUGGGGAAAAUCGUCAAGAUUUACCAGGAUCGCUGAGAGAAUUUACACCAUUCCUAUCGAACAUAUUGAAAAGUUUACCUGUAGAUCUUCUUCCUGGAGAGAAUGAUCCUAGUGACAGGAGCUUACCUCAACAGCCUUUACAUAAAGCUCUUUUCGAUGACGCAUUGAGCCCUUAUUUUGAUCUAGAAAAUGCAGACAUCUUUCACUCUGUUUCCAAUCCUUACUGGUUUGAUAUAGAAGGAUUGCAGCUGUUGGCUACAAGCGGGCAACAGAUAAACGAUAUUACGAAAUAUGUCAUUCCGUUUUAUGAAGAAACAAAAUCUCUAAAGGGGGACACGAUUGAUCACAGACUCGAUUUAGCCGAAGCUACAUUAAAAUGGCAAAACAUAGCACCAACGGCUCCGGACACUCUAUGGUGCUACCCAUAUUCAGACAAUGAUCCGUUCAUUCUCAAAGAAUGGCCACAUGUAUAUAUAAUUGGAAACCAGCCAGAAUUUGGCUAUCGCAAAACUCAACUAGAGGGAGCAGUGGAGGUGUUGAUAGUCUCAGUUCCAGAGUUUUCCACUACUGGACAAUACCUGGUAUUAGAUUUGGAUAGCCUAGUUCCAGAAGUCCAUACAAUAGCUGUGUGA